AUGGAGACAUAUUACGGACACGUGCGAACGCCGGGAGAUGCCAUCUUGCUCUUCGAGGCGUGCAGAAUCGGACUGUUGCCCAGAGUGCAGCGUCGCCUUUCAGAAAAGGAAAGACUAUCAAUCAAGUCUGGUUCCGUCUUCGUGUGGGAUGAGCGCGAAGCCGGUAUGAGACGCUGGACGGACGGAAAGUCAUGGAGCGCGAGUCGCGUGUCGGGCAGCUUCCUCACAUAUCGUGAGAUGGAAGGCAAGCGUGGUGGCAGCACCUUCAGCGCUGCUCCUAAAGCUCCUGCUGCCAAAGACCACGACGCCUCGGACGAUGGCCCUGACGGCUAUCGUUACAAGCCUGACGGCCUGAUCAAGCAGUCAUUCAGCAUCACUACCUCGACCGGCCAGCACCUGCAUCUCAUCAGUUACUUCGCCCGUUCUACCGCCGUCUCGCAGAACCUGCAACAGCCCUCGACCGAUCCUCAGCUGCGUCACAUUCGUCCCGAGAAGGGCAUGUACCCGGAGUCGACCGUUCACGAGCAGAACGCCAUCCCCGCCGUCACAAGAGGUCCUAUGACCAGCCCAGCCUUCACCAACGCUCCUCAUCAGUCUGCAAACAUCGGCGCUCCUUACCCUCCAAGACCCCAGUACACACAUGGGCCCAUGUCUUAUGGUCCUCCAGGCUGGGCUCCUCCGAGUCCUAUGCACACUCCUCCGCCGCACUACUCGCCCUAUGGCGCCUAUCAUCACUCGCCCAUGCACCACCUGCAUCCUUCGCAGUAUCCUCCACAGCACUCUCCGCACUACCCACCUCCGCUCACUGCCUUCGACCGCGCCCCUGCUCCGCUGUCCAACAACUCGUUGCCCGCUCCUCCUUCUCACCACCCACAACUGACUCCGAUCCACAACCAUCCUCCACCUCCUCCUGCUCUGCCUCAGAUUAACCACGCCCACCGCCCUUCUCUACCGGAUCGCCCUCCCAGNCCACGGCCAACCUUCGAUCGAUCCUGCUCUGGNCCAACGACUCGAGAAAGACUGCUCCUCCUCUCCCAAGCCCUAGAUCUAUGGGUGACACUGCACCGGGCGCUCCCACCGAGUCCGCCAAGUUGCCUCCUGCUACUCUGCCCCCUGUUAGCGGCNGGUACCACUAUUCCAAGUAUCAGCUCUCUCAUUCACGAGACAAGCAAUCCUCAGUCACUCAACGCUGGCCGCCCUGCAAGCCGAAGCCCUAUCGGUGGCCGUCCCCAAGACAUCCCCAUGCACAAGAUGGGCUACGAUGCCGCACGUGAUGUUCAGGCGCUGAGACACCUGGACAAGGCCACAUUGAGGUUCUGA